GAGCACUCUCUCCCUCUUCGUACAAGCCAUGUCGCUGCCGCUGCUCUCGAUCUUUCUACUCCUCCUGGGCACAGCCAGUGUCCUGGCCAAGCAUAACCAGAGCGAACCGGACUGGAGUCCCCGCAUUGUGGGCGGAACCAAGGCCCACACGGGACAAUUUCCCCACCAGAUCUCGCUGCGUAAGCGUGGUGGCCACGCUUGCGGUGGAUCCAUCCUCUCCAGCACUUACAUCCUGACCGCUGCCCACUGUGUCAAGCAGGGGAAUAAUGUAACUCCUGCCAGACAACUGUCCAUCUUGGCGGGCACACUGAAACUCUCGGGCGGCGGCGGGGAGACCCGACAGGUGGCCGCCGUUCAUGUCCAUCCCCAGUACAAGGGUGACGGCUAUGAUGUGGCCGUUCUCCGGCUGACCCAGCCCCUGAACUUCAAUGACAAUGCCAAGACCAUCAGUCUGGCUACCGAGGAUCCGCCCAGCGACGCCUCUGUUUAUAUUUCCGGCUGGGGAGCCAUCUCCAACAGCGGACCCAUCUCCAAUGACCUGCUGUACGGGCAGGUCAAGUAUCUGGCUCGGGAUACUUGUAAGCGACAGUACCUUCCCCGACUGGCAGAGACCACCAUGUGCCUGCUCCACGAGGCCAAGAAGGGCGCCUGCUAUGGCGACUCUGGUGGCCCGGCCACCUAUGAAGGACGGCUGGUGGGCGUGGCCAGCUAUGUGCUUGGAGGCUGCGGCCGAGCUGCUCCCGAUGGCUACGAACGGGUCUCCCAGCUGAGGCAGUGGAUCAGGGAGAAUGCAAAGCUCUAAGGGGGAGGAUAUGACCCGUUUUCAUGGGGUUUUCUUGGGAAAUUUAAUAUUGAGAAUAUUAUUUAGCUAAGAAAGCAAAUGGGGUUUAAAAAUUGGAUUCGUUUGGCUUUCUUUGGCUUUAUAAGAAGUUGUAUGUAUUUUUCCUGUACAGUUAACCCUUUACUUAAAUAUUAUUAUUAACCCAUAAAUACAUAUUAUAUAUAUAUAUAUAUAUCAAUAUUAAAAAUAAAAGCAGCACAAAAAAA